AUGGCUACGCCGAGGGAUCGUUUGCUGUCGGCGCCAUUGGGGGGACCGACACUGCCUCGGGCCUCCUCGGGGCGCGGCGGAGAACUCGAUCGAGAUCCCCGCCAGUCCCCCAGGCGGUUCCCCAGGGUGCCGGUUGCAAACCACACCCUGUGUAAACCACACCCUUUGGCCUUCGGAGUCGCCGACUCUUGGACGCCCCCGUGGGAAGGGAUCCCCACCCCGCGCGAGGGCUGGAUCGCCGCCUUGGGCGCGCCUGGCCGGGCUGGUGGCGGCGGCUUCCCAGAGAGGCGCGGCGGAGCCGCGGGCGCGGAGCCCUCGGGCGCGCUGGUCGCCGACAGCGGAGCGCUGGUCGCCAAGGCCGGCGAGGCUGAGGGCACGGAGGCCCACCUGGUCGAGCGCCUGCGGCGCGACACCGAGGAGUUGGAGUCCCUGGCGCCGGGGGCCCGGGGAGCAGCGCGGGGCUGGGGAGGGCGAGGGCGCGCGCGCCAAUGGCGCCCUCGAGAGAAACGUGCGCGAGAUCGGCCAGGCGCGGGCGCAUAG